AUGGAGAAGAAGGAAGAGCAGUGUGGGGCAACAGCCCACCUGACACCCACAUGGGGCUGGGGAGCCCCCACCCCCCAGCCAAAGGAGGCAGUGAGUGAGCAUCCUACCCAGCCUGCGAAACUGUGCUUUUUCCAUGGAACAGUGCAACCCAUGGAUCAGAAGUUUCCACUCGUGAACCCACGCCACUGGAGCCUAAGUAAUGUGAUUUUACUCUUUCUUUCUGUUACAUGUUCUCAUUUUGCCCAAGACCUUUGGCCAGAGCAGAGCAUAAAAGAUUCUUUCCAAAAAGUGAUACUUAGAAGAUAUGAAAAAUGCGGAUAUGACAAUUUACAGUUAAAAAAAGGCUGUAAAAGUGUGGAUGAGCAUAAGCUGCUCAAAAGAGGUUAUAAUGGACUUAACCACAGUCUGACAACCACCCAGAGAAAAAUAUUUCAAUGUGAUAAAUAUGGGACAGUCUUUCAGAAAUUUUCAAAUUGAAACAGACUUAAGAUACGACAUACUGGAAAAAAAUCUUUCAAAUGUAUAGAAUGCGGCAAAGCUUUUAACUGGUCCUCAAACCUUACUACACAUAAGAAAAUUCAUACUGGAGAGAAACCCUACAGAUGUGAAGAAUGUGGCAAAGCCUUCAAAAGGUCCUCACACCUUACUGUACAUAAGAUAGUUCAUACUGGAGAGAAAUCCUACAAAUGUGAAGAAUGCGGGAAAGCCUUUAAGCACCCCUUACAUGUUACUACACAUAAGAAAAUUCAUACUGGAGGGAAACCCUACAAAUGCGAAGAAUGUGGCAAAGACUUUAAGUACACUUCUACCCUUAUUGCACAUAAGAGAAUUCAUACUGGAGAGAAGCCCUACAAAUGUGAAGAAUGCGGCAAAGACUUUAAGUGCACUUCUAACCUUACUACACAUAAGAGAAUUCAUACUGGAGAGAAGCCCUACAAAUGUAAAGAAUGUGGCAAAGCUUUUCACCUAUCCUCACACCUUACUACACAUAAGAUACUUCAUACUGGAGAGAAACCCUACAGAUGUAAAGAAUGUGGCAAAGCUUUUAACCAUUCCACAAUCCUUUUUUCACACAAAAAAAUUCAUACUGGAGAGAAAUUCUACAAAUGUGAUGAAUGUGGCAAAACCUUUACCUGGCCCUCACUACUCUCUAAACACAGGAGAACUCAUACUGGAGAGAAACCCUACAAAUGUGAAGUGCGUGGCAAAGCCUUUACUGCAUCCUUAACUCUAACUGAACAUAAGAGAAUUCAUACUGGAGAGAAACCUUACAAAUGUGAAGAAUGUGGCAAAGCUUUUAACUGGUCCUCAGACCUUCAUAAACAUAAGAGAAUUCAUAUUGCACAGAAACCCUACAUAGUGAAGAAUGUGGCAAACAUUUUAAAUAUUCCUCCACUUUUAAUAAGCAUAAGAUAA